CUCGUCGUCUCUCCCCAGCACCACCAAGCCCGUCCCUGCCCAUCCACCCAGCCAAGUCGCAUCCGCAUGCCCCCUCCGAGCUUGGUCCAGCUGUGCCAGAGGAGACUCCAAGGGCACAUCGAUGCCCUCUCCGACCUGGAGGCCCUGCCCAACCGCCUCGUUAUCCCGAUACUCUCAAAGGCGACGUGUGAACAGCUCCAAUAUCUGGAGCAGAUCAAUCCGCAUAUCGUCGCGGAAACCGAUGAGCUGUGGAGACCGCACGUCCUCAAAAAGUUCGGCGUCGGCCGGGUCUUGGAAGGCACGAGCUGGAGGGAGCUCUACAAGGCCAAGACCGCAGAGUACGAAGCCAAGAUGGCGGCCUUUGGGCAGCGGCUUCAAAAGCGUAACCGCGAGCUGGAGCAAGUGCGCGACUCAAAGAAGGUGCAGGUCAUCAAGAAUCCGCCACUGAUCCAGCGGCGGUCAUGGGGAGGGUCCCCAUAUAAAGUGAAGGAGAGCGCCAUCGGCAAGCUCAAACGGGAGACUCAGAAAAAGUUCUCCGACACACCGAUCCGAUCCAGCGCCUCGCUUCUGCCGCCAAGAUCCAUUCCGGCAAGCGAAAAGAAUCGUCUUCUCAAGGACGACGCGAUACCACUGUCCAAGAGACGAGCCGUCUGAUGCGCUCGCAUGAUGCUAUGGGCAGCUCUGGACAUGCCAUCGGCUGCUUCACAGUCGCCACACUGGGCGUUAGUCAGUGCUAUCACUGUGUCUAUCGGUGCAUUUUUCUACCUGACACUAUGAAAAAAUUUCAUGUUAAAAAAAUGAGCGAGAACGAAAAAACGCGCUCUCGGAG